AUGAUUCAGAAUGCAUUGAUGAGGAGUCAGGAAUUUGUGUCUCGCAAUGGACAAACAAUGGAUUUGAAUGUUGAAUUAUAAUAGGACAUAAUACAAUUACAGGACGAGAUCUUGUUGAGUGAUUGGAAUGCACAAAAAAACAUUUUGGCAAUAUAUCAACUCAAUUGCAUUAAAUUGAUCCAAAACAAUUAAAUACUACAAAUAAUGCCAACAGUUGUAGGUGAGUGCUUUUCUAGAGUCAAAUUAAUGAAGUUUGAUAGAUCGAGCGGCAACAAUAUGUUAAUAGUAUAUGAAAAUGGCGCUGCAAAAGUGAUAGACACUACAAUUCAAAUCAUUAAAAUGUUCAACAUCAAAAAUGCAAGCAAAUUAUUGGACUUCCAUUGGAACCUCAAUUGGCCUAAUGUGGUUGCUCUCAUUUUUGAGAAGGAUGUCGAAAUAGUGGACAUAUAUAAAUGCCAAACUUUGAAGUACUUAGAAAAUGUGAUUCAUUUUGAGUGGAGACAUUUUGAUCACUUCAUCGUGAUGGAUCUUAAUUAUUACAUAAAUUUAAUGCAGAUUGAUAUUGACAAACCACAAUUAUAAUUAAAAGCCGAAUUAGAAACCACCUUGAUCGAAUUCAACAAAAGGAAGACCUUAUUAGCUUCCUUCUCAAGCACCUUAAAUGUCAUAAAGAUAUGGACAUUGUAAAAUGAUGAGUAUGUGUUCGAAAUUACAGACGAUCAGAAAAUUUUGUAAUUUUGUUGGUGCUCUUCACAAAAUGCCAAUUAUUUAAUCACACUAACAUCUUAGACUCUCAAUAUAUGGGAUGUUGAAUUCGGAUAGAUCAAAUCUACUUAUGAAAUCGACUUCAAUGUUGCUAAGAUGGUUUCUAUGGAUCUCUUGAAUGAUACUCCCUAAGUGGUGUUGAUUGGUGAAAAGGUUGUGCUGUACGAUUUGAUAAACAAGAAGAGAAGAGUGUUCAAUUGCGAUACUCCUAAUAAAGUGCUGCGCAUCAAUGAUGAAGAGAUACUGUUCAUAUUUAGGAGUAGUUACAUUGUUUACAAAAAAAAUUGA